AUGCACACGCUGCGACUUGGAAACAAGUACCUUCGUCUUGACAGGUACUUCUUGGGCCAUUGGCUGGUUCCCUUUAGCCGCAGAGCAUUCGCAUGUGUAAACGCUUCAGGUCAACUUGUCUCUGCUCCUUACCAAAUACUUUUACUUUUGGAUCAGAUGUCGCUUGAUACUUCCCUUAAGGGCGCCCUCCCAUCUGCCAUGGGUGUGUGUGCUGGCCACUAUCUGCUGUGCCUGGAGUUAUCUGCUGGCUGUCAGCAUGGCCAUGCCGGUUACAUGGGAUCUUUUCAGUUUUAUUGCGAUGGUAUAGGGUUGCCAUUGACCUGGGUCGACUGGGGCCAAUGGUUAUCACAUAUCAAAGGCCCUGCUGCGUCCAGAACCGACAUGGUCUGUGCAGAAUAA